AUGGCUUUCAGGCAUAUCCGCAGGAGCUUGUCCAUAGAGCUUAUCAAGAAGAACCGAAUGUCCAAGCCUUACCCAUACACCCGCAGUGAUUCUUCCCGAAGUGAAGCCCAGCUGAGUCUUGAAAACAUCUUACAGGGAGCCACUCCAGGUGCUGUGUCAGCGCACUCCAGAGCCAUUCUGGAACCCAGUGUUAAACCACGCGAUGCGAAACCUCGCCUACUGCUGAUGGGCCUCCGGCGGAGUGGCAAGUCUUCAAUCGCCAGUGUGGUCUUCCAUAAGAUGCCCCCAAACGAAACGCUAUUUCUGGAGUCCACAACACGCAUUCAAAAAGACUCAAUUCAUUCGUUCAUGGACUUUCAGGUCUGGGAUUUUCCCGGUCAACUGGAAUACCUCGAGCCAUCCUUUGAUCUUGAAGAUAUCUUCGGGAGUCUAGGAGCGCUUGUGUGGGUCAUCGAUGCACAGGACGAUUAUCUGGACUCGGUGGCGCGUCUGAACCGGACUAUCCUCACAGUCCAGCAGUAUUACCCCGGCAUCAAUAUUGAAGUUUUCAUUCACAAAGUCGACGCCCUUUCCGAGGAGUACAGACAAGACGCAUACCAAGAUAUCGUCCAACGAAUCACAGAUGAACUGAACGAUUGCGGGUAUGAAAAUGCCCCGGUCCACUUCUACCUCACCUCGAUUUACGAUUACUCGGUCUUUGAAGCGUUCAGCAAAGUCAUCCAAAAGUUGAUCCCCAAUCUCUCCACCCUUGAGAACCUCAUCACCACCUUGGGCAAUAAUUGUGGAUUUGAAAAGACAUACCUCUUCGACGUGCUCAGUAAAAUCUACAUCGCGUCUGACACCAGACCCGUCGACAUGGCGUCUUAUGAGAUGUGCUCUGAUUACAUUGACGUGAUUGUUGACAUCUCUGAAUUGUACUCUUGGGAUCAUCCGCUCCGCAAAGCCAAGGGUGAGCAGAUGCAAGAGGCUGAAAGCCACGUUGUUCUGCAUGAUGACACAAUGCUACAUCUCAUGGAGAUGAACAAAUAUCUCUGUCUGGUCUCGGUCAUCCGAAACCCAGAAGCACGUGAGAAGAAAGGUCUUAUUGACAUGAACUGUCGGACCUUCCAAGAAGCACUGAACGACGUGUUCUCUCGAAGUUGGGAACGCGAAGAAGACCAGACUACCUAG